UGCUGGUUGGGUAUAGAUUCAAGGUAAAAGGCUGUUAGGGUUCAGUCAUCUUCCACCUCCGAGACCGUCUCGUCCACCGACGAACAAGCAGCUCCCAGCCAAACCCCCGAAUCCCAGGAACGAACGACCCUCAGGGAGGCGCUGUAUAUCACAUAAUUGCACAGUGCUAAACAAACUUCGAGCAAUAUCGAUAAUGAAGUCCUAUACUGGAGCGGCUUUGGUCCUUGUGGCUUGCUCUGUCAUGCAACUAGGAGAAGUCCAUGGCUGGGGCGGUCUCUUUAAUCGUUUCAGUCCGGAGAUGCUGGCUAAUCUUGGCUACGGGGGUCACGGAGGCCAUCGCGGUGGUCAACCCGCUUUUAUGCAGAGACUCGGAGGUGUUGACGUAUACGGAGAUUUGGUCGAGGACGAGCUGAAAGAACCCUGUUACGGAAAACGAUGUACAGCUAAUGAACACUGCUGCCCAGGAUCUGUGUGCGUCGACGUAGACGGAGUUAUCGGAUCUUGCCUGUUCGCCUAUGGACUGAAGCAGGGCGAGUUAUGCAGAAGAGACAACGAUUGUGAAACCGGGCUGAUGUGCGCCGAAGUAGCUGGUGAAACUCGUUCUUGUCAACCUCCAGUUACCUCAAACAAGCAAUACAGCGAAGAAUGCAACAUGUCCGGGGAAUGUGACAUUAGCCGUGGACUCUGUUGCCAGGUGCAAAGGCGUCAUCGACAGACCACGAGAAAGGUCUGUUCAUACUUCGAGGAUCCUCUAGUCUGCAUCGGACCAGUGGCCAGUGACCAGGUGAAGUCCAUUGUCCAGUACACUUCGGGAGAAAAACGGAUCACUGGACAAGGGAAUCGCAUCUUUAAAAGGGCACCGGCUGCUUAGAUCCCCCGAGUUUUCGAAGGCUGGCGAAAUCAGAUAUACAUAAAAAAUCGAUAAUUUAAGAUUACCCUACCGCGUAGAUACUAACCUAGAAAAAACACUCCCUAUGACAUAAUUUACUCCUCAUACCAGUAUAAGAGUGCAAAAUUGAAUCCCUCGCGUGAGCUUGUAAAUUGGCGAUCAUUUUAUGUCGCAUACUGUAACUUUGGUUUUCUAAAUUCCGAUUUCUUCACCCUGAUUUUACUGCGGCGUACAGUUUUAGUAACUGCAGAUUAUUUAAUUUCGUAUAUGGCCAUGACGAUCGGGCAAACGCCGCUCUGAAGAACGGAAAGAUACACUUGCGGCGAACCAGAAGAUUUUAUGCCCGGAGAGAAAUGACGACUCGUGAAAAAAAAAACAUACAUAUCUUUCGUAAUUAUAAUGACUGAAAAAUAUUAUACAUAUCAGUAGGUAUUUAACCUAUUACCAAUUAACUAUUUAUCUAUAUUAUUAAUCGUAUAUAAGAGGCAAUUGUAAUGUCAUUCGUAUUUUAAUGUUUAAGUAUAUAUAGCCCACACGCGUAAGUGUAAUAUUUCAAUCGAAAAUCAAAUUACGAAACAAACUGAGAUGAAAAUUUAUCUGAUGUAACUGUAAACGUCUUGUUCUCGUGUAAUUAUAUGAAAUCAAAGAUCUCGUUUACUGGCUAGGCUGCUUAUAUAAUAUAUUUAUUAUAAGUAAUAUUAACUUUAACCGUUGCGUCAUCGUGUCAAUAUUGUCACGCUAUCGGAAAAAAAUCAGCAAAUCGUAUAUAUAACUAUACCGAUAGUAUACAUACCUAUAUAUAUAUAUAUAUAUGUAUAUAUAUAUAUAUAAAAUAUGUAUCCAUUAAUUGAUUGUAUAUAUACAUAAUACGUAUGCACAAUCAAUUAAUCGAAGUUAAGUGACAUGGAUGUAUAUGGAUACAUAUAUACAUAUCAUAUAGAUACACACAUAUGACUUACGUAUGUAUGUAUACAGCUAUAUAUCUAUAGCGACGUCAAGAUGGGCAUGGCCAUUUCGUUACACUGAUUUUUCAAGUUUUCUUAUUUUUUUUUUUGAUAGAGAGAAAGAGAAUGAAAGAGAGCAAGUUUAAAUCUGACUCUUAAAAUUGGAAUCACGUCUUACCAUGUGAAGAAAGGAAGGAAAUAGAUCUUCGCAAACGUAUUGCGUUGAGUAACAAGAUCUAAACAGACAUGAAUGAAAACUUCCAAUCAGGCAGAGUCUUGAAAGAAGUAAAUCUUCCACAAUUUUCAAAGUGUCUCACAAGUUACACGCUUGCUAACGUGAUGGAAUUAGGGUUUGAUGAAAAAAAAAUUAUAAGAUUAUUAGGAAUAAUUUUGACGUUGACGGUUGAAUAUUGAUUUAGUUCACUUGCUGAAAUGUUAGGAAACAUUACACGUUUUAAAUGAGUAUAAAGUUAAUUCAUUUGCCGAGCCCCCUCUACAGAUGUUUAAAAUUCAAACCGCGUGGGGAGAUAUGCAAAGCUAAUUUUGAAUUAUUGUGACCUCAGACUUCUUGUAGUCCGUUAUUACGUGCAAAAAUAAUACUUGUCAAAGAUUAGAAUAAAUUUAUAUGGCAUUAUAACUAAAGACGUUGUGUGCUCGUACUCACGCAGAUAUUAUGCCCGAUGCGUCUCGUUCUCUUAUUGAAAAAACAAUUUGAUGGUAAAUAUAGAUAGAAAAAAUAAUGAAGUGAAAAGUCUGCGUGCUCAUCGAGCGACCGUCGACAGUUUAAUACGAUGUCAAAAUCUCGAUGUUUCCUAUGUCGUCUAUAAGUGAAGUUAAACAUAUCACGAAAAUGCCUAAAGCAUUAGAAGUUUAAAUGAUAUACUAUGUAUUAUUAAAAGAUAUUCGAUUGAAAGUAUAUUUUUGUCUUCGAUGCAUCAUUAUAUUAAUACUCCGUAUAUUGAACUCCAUAUUUGCAUAAUAUUGAUAUAUUUUAUUGAAGCGUAUACUACUAUUAUACAUUAUACUGCUACAAUUGUGUAGCAUAAAAAUGAUGAAUAAUCAUUGUUAAUUGACGUUAUAGUAUAUUUAUUUCAUUAUUCUUGUGUAGGCCUAUUGAGAUAUUAUAUCAAACUAAAUAUUAUACUUAUACUAUAUUAAGUUUAACAAAUCAAUUACAUAUCAUAGAGUCUAAGAUGUUAAAUUUUAAGAAAAAAAUUCACUAGAGAAGUAUUUGGAUUAUACAACAGAUUCCACAAAGUUUCAAGCCUUCGUUUUCACGCAUAUAGCAGGUAAAAAUAUUUCACACUUUCAUAGAUGUGCCGUACUCUGGUAAUGUGUUCCAUACUCGGUACAUUCUUGAAGGAAGAAAUAUUCUGCUAUUAUAUAUUGCUUAUACAGCGUUAUCUUGUAAUUACAAAAGUUGAUAAUCAUGAAUAUUUUAAACAUUCUAUCAAGUAUAAUAAUUAUACGAAUAUUUUUAUGCACGUUAUUUUUGUCGAAAGGCAUUCAAAAAAUCAGAAUUUUCAUAAUUUACACAUAAUUGUGUAUAAAUUAUACAGAUGAUUGAUUGUAGAAUCCAGUGACUUCGGCUACUAGGCAUUGAGUCAAAUGUACCUAUAUCAAAAACACCUCUACAUGACUAUACGUGUACAUCUCCUAAAUAUUAAUAAUUAUAAUGUUUCAAAGGUAUUUGAAUGUGAAAUACACUAUUAUGUAUAUAUAUAUAUAUAUAUAUA